GCAGUAGACAGCUCGCGGGCGGCCACUGAACCGGCUUGCGCGCGACUGCGAUAGCAAAGUGCAGCAAUGGAAGAAAUGUGGCCGUGAAAGAGCAGCCUGGCCUCUAUCGCCGUCUAUGGGGACAACUCGUUUCUUAUUUAUGGCGGUGCAGUUAUUCCGCCGAGCGUCUUAGCUAGCUACAGAAAUCCCCGCUUCCUUCUGAAGGUAGCUCGGGUUUAGCGUAACAGCAUGGAGAAUUCUGAAGAGGCUAGCUGGACGCCCAAGUCUGAGACAUGCAUGGAGUCGCUGCCGCACUGCUGCUCGGCCUGCGACAACAGGGAGAGCCUCAUUCCUGGGAAAACCUUCCGGAAGCCUAAAGCCAGGAGCAUGUCCACUUCGGCUGUGCCCAGUUGUGCAGAGUUCAGGCGAACCCAGUCACUGCAUGGACCAAGCCCAGUGACAACAUUUGGGCCAAAAGCUUGUAUGCUGAAGAACCCUAAAGCAGUGAUGCAUAUUCAGGACCCAGCAAGCCAGAGGUUGACCUGGAAUAAGCCACCCAAAAGUGUCCUUGUAAUUAAAAAGAUCCAAGAUGUCAGUCUGCUGCAGCCUUUUAAAGAGCUUUGCAUCUUCCUCACAGAGCGGAAAAAUAUGAUUGUUUACGUGGAGAGGAAAGUUCUGGAGGACCCCGCUAUUGCCAAUGAUGAGAGCUUUGUGUCCGUGAAAAAGAACUUUUGCACUUUUAGAGAAGAUUUUGAUGACAUCUCCAAUCGUGUAGAUUUCAUAAUUUGUUUGGGAGGAGAUGGAACUUUGCUGUAUGCUUCCUCACUCUUCCAGGAGAGCGUUCCUCCAGUUAUGGCCUUCCAUUUAGGUUCUCUGGGCUUUCUGACGCCUUUCAAUUUUGACACAUACCAAUCUCAGGUCACACAGGUUAUUGAAGGUAACGCAGCCAUCAUCCUGCGGAGUCGGCUGAAAGUAAAGGUAGUGAAGGAGAGUCGUGAGAAAAGUAAGACAAAGGAUAAGAACCUGAUCAUCACUAACGGGGAUGCUGAGCCUAGUCGAAAAACUAUGCAAUAUCAAGUGCUGAAUGAGGUGGUUGUGGACAGAGGCCCAUCGUCCUACCUCUCUAAUGUUGACCUCUUUCUGGAUGGUCAUCUGAUCACCACAGUACAAGGCGAUGGUGUGAUAGUGUCCACUCCGACUGGCAGUACUGCAUAUGCAGUGGCAGCAGGGGCCUCCAUGAUCCACCCCAAUGUCCCAGCCAUCUUGAUCACCCCCAUCUGCCCCCAUUCACUCUCCUUUAGACCCAUCGUAGUUCCUGCUGGUGUCGAGUUGAAGAUUAUGCUUUCACGUGAAGCCAGAAACAAUGCCUGGGUUUCUUUUGAUGGUAGGAAACGGCAGGAGAUUGGACACGGGGACAGCAUCACCAUCACCACUUCCUGCUUCCCUGUUCCCUCCAUCUGUUUCCGAGACCCUGUAAAUGACUGGUUCGAGAGCCUGGCGCAGUGCUUGCAUUGGAACGUCCGCAAGAAGCAGAGCCACCUGAGCUCUGAGGAAGAGGAGGAGUUCUGAGGCUUCGCCCAGCGGAUACCAGCCUGAAGCACUUUGUCUUGUAUUCUCUGCUUUCUCUGGCCUGUCUGGAACCUCUCCUCCUCUCGACCCUUUGACCACAGACUGUAGUGAAGCUGUUGCUAUGCUUCUUGGGGUGUUUUUUUUUUGUUUUGGUUUGUCUAUAAAAAUCUUUUAAAAUAUUUUGUAGUUUGCCUAUGACGUAUUACUGUCAUAUGAAGCAGAAAUAUUGUACUCAGUAUGAGUUAGUUUUACAGUAAGACAGCAUGACGAGAUCGAACGAAACAUCAGGUAUUGUCCACGAACACAUGAGGAGCAUUUAAACACCACAGCAAUAAGUGAAUAUCGAUAGAAUUGUGCCUUAAAUCACCUAGAAUGUUACAAAGAAAUUAUUUAAGGGGUUGGGAAGCAAUGUCUUAUACUGUACUUAAUACGUGCGUCAUCGUUACAGAUAUUCUGUAAAUAUGAAAUCAGAGUGACUCAUCUGCAGAGGACACUGCGAAACAAGCCAUCUGAAAAGCUUGAAUAUUUGUAGAACUGUUUUUGUUGUUGCGUUUAUGAAGUGUUGGAAAACUACUGUGUUGUUUGGCUUCCAUCUUACAGCUAGUCAACCAACUUGAAGUAUUUCAUUUGAUUAACAUAUCUCAGCCAGUCCAUUCCAGAUCUACUAGGAUCAUUCCUAACUUUGCUUUUUUUUUUUCAAACAACAUUAUGAGCAAUAUUUUAAUGAGUUAUUUAUAAACUUCCCAUUCCAUUGUGUUUUGUAUAGUAGCAGUAUGUAAUCUGUCUUUUUUUUUUGUCUAAUUGUAUAUAAUGGGUGUUAGGGAAUUGCUUGUGGAGGAGGUUGUGUCCUCUUUGAAGUGUCCUUCACCUGACAAACCACUGAACUUGCCCAGAAGCUACCAGGUUUCCAGACAUUUAAACAGGCCACUCCUCAAAAUGAAGAAAGAUAAUCAACGGGACUCAUUCCAUGUUACUACUUUGUGCUUUGUGAGAUCACAUGCACUUGAACCGGUUUACUAACAGUGUGCAUACAGCUGUACAUUCUGAAGUCAAGUCAGCCGUGUGACCUCAUCAUGGAACAAAAAAAAGAGGAAAGUGUUUACAUUCAUUCUCCGCCCCACCCUCGUCCUGCUCACCGACAUGGCCAAAUAGCAGAGCUACACAGUCUUUUACUUUUUUAAUUCCAUUCAUUGUUCAAACAAUGUAAGAAGCAAGUUGUCAAUAAUGUCAUAUCACUGAUUCUGCCCCUUAAAUAUCUUAAGUAUGGCUAUUCUCGUGUUUUUAUGAUACUAAAGAGCCAUCCUUUUUAA